AUGCCCAUAGCCGAAGCCUGGAACAGCUCAUCCGUGGCCAUGUUUGUCCUCCUGGGCUUCACAGACCAUGUGGAACUCCAAGCCUUCCUCUUUGUGACAUUCCUGGGCAUCUACUUUGUGACUCUGGUUUGGAACCUGGCCCUCAUCUUUCUGAUCAGAGCUGACAGCCGUCUGCACACACCCAUGUACUUCUUCCUCAGCAACCUGUCCUUCAUUGACAUUUGCUACUCUUCUACUGUGGCUCCCAAGAUGCUCACAGACUUUUUUCGGGAGCAGAAGACCAUAUCAUUCUCGGGAUGUGCUGCUCAGUUUUUUUUCUUCGUGGGCAUGGGUCUAACUGAGUGUCUCCUCCUGACUGCCAUGGCGUGUGACCGAUCUGCAGCCAUCUCCAGACCCCUUCUCUACACCACCAUCAUGUCCCCAGGUGUCUGUAUGCGCAUGGUGGCUGGGGCUUAUGUUGGAGGCUUCCUGAGCUCCCUGGUCCAGGCCAGCUCCUUAUUUAGUCUCAACUUCUGCGGACCAAAUGUCAUCAACCACUUCUUCUGUGACCUCCCACCAAUUCUGGCUCUUUCUUGCUCUGACACCUUCCUCAGUCAAGUGAUGAACUGCCUUGUGGUGAGCGCUGUUGGAGGAACAUCAUGUCUCAUCCUCCUGAUCUCCUACAGUCACAUAGUGUCUGCUGUCUUGAAGAUCUGCUCAGUGGAAGGCCGAUGGAAAGCCUUCAACACCUGUGCCUCGCACCUGACGGUGGUGACUCUGUUGUUCGGGACAGCUCUUUUCAUGUACCUGCGACCCAGCUCCAGCUACUCGCUCAGCAGGGAUAAGGUGGUGUCUGUGUGCUAUUCACUGGUGAUCCCCAUGCUGAACCCUCUCAUUUACAGUUUGAGGAACAAAGAGAUCAAGGAUGCCUUGUGGAAGUUGAUGGAGAAGAAAGUGUUUUCCUAG